GUAGCUUCCUCCGCCUCUGCCGCCAUUUCUGGAGCCGCCGCCUUAGUGUGAAGGGGGAGCUCGGAGAGGCUGUUGUUCGGUGGCUUGUUCGCGCCUGACUGGAUCUCGCCGCGCCCGGGGAGCCCCAGAGCUUCAGCCCGAGGCUCGCCCGCCCAGCCGCAGCCCCGGCGUCUCUCCUGAUGGCGACCUCUGUGGGGAAUGUGGCUGACAGCACAGAACCAACGAAACGUAUGCUUUCCUUCCAAGGGUUAGCGGAGUUGGCUCAUCGUGAAUAUCAGGCAGGAGACUUUGAAGCAGCAGAGAGACAUUGCAUGCAGCUUUGGAGACAAGAGCCUGAUAACACUGGCGUUCUUUUAUUACUAUCAUCCAUUCACUUCCAGUGUCGCAGACUGGACAGGUCUGCUCACUUCAGCACUUUGGCUAUUAAACAGAAUCCAUUGUUGGCCGAAGCCUACUCGAAUCUGGGGAAUGUGUACAAGGAACGUGGGCAGCUGCAAGAAGCUAUUGAGCAUUAUAGGCAUGCGCUACGCCUCAAACCAGAUUUCAUUGAUGGAUAUAUUAAUCUGGCUGCUGCACUGGUAGCUGCAGGUGAUAUGGAAGGGGCAGUACAAGCCUAUGUUUCUGCCCUUCAGUACAAUCCUGACUUGUACUGUGUUCGUAGUGACCUGGGGAACCUGCUCAAAGCCCUGGGUCGCUUGGAAGAAGCCAAGGCCUGUUACUUGAAAGCAAUUGAGACUCAACCAAACUUUGCAGUAGCAUGGAGUAAUCUUGGCUGUGUUUUCAAUGCUCAAGGAGAAAUUUGGCUUGCCAUUCAUCACUUUGAAAAGGCUGUGACGCUUGACCCAAACUUCUUGGAUGCUUACAUCAAUCUGGGGAAUGUUCUGAAGGAGGCAAGGAUAUUUGACAGAGCUGUAGCAGCCUACUUACGAGCCUUGAGUCUGAGUCCUAAUCAUGCAGUUGUGCAUGGCAACCUGGCCUGUGUGUAUUAUGAGCAAGGACUGAUAGAUCUGGCAAUAGACACCUACAGACGUGCUAUUGAGCUACAGCCACACUUCCCUGAUGCCUAUUGUAAUCUGGCCAAUGCUCUAAAGGAGAAAGGCAGUGUUGCUGAAGCAGAAGAAUGUUACAAUACAGCUCUUCGUCUGUGUCCCACACAUGCAGACUCACUUAAUAACCUGGCAAACAUCAAGCGAGAACAGGGAAACAUUGAGGAGGCUGUUCGCCUAUACAGGAAAGCUCUUGAGGUGUUCCCAGAGUUUGCUGCUGCCCAUUCAAAUUUAGCAAGUGUUCUGCAGCAGCAGGGAAAGCUGCAGGAAGCUCUGAUGCAUUACAAAGAGGCUAUUAGAAUCAGCCCCACAUUUGCAGAUGCUUAUUCCAAUAUGGGGAAUACUUUAAAGGAGAUGCAGGAUGUUCAGGGAGCUUUACAAUGUUACACCCGUGCCAUCCAGAUAAAUCCUGCAUUUGCUGAUGCCCACAGUAACUUGGCCUCUAUUCACAAGGAUUCAGGGAACAUACCAGAAGCCAUUGCUUCUUAUCGCACUGCUCUGAAACUGAAACCUGAUUUCCCAGAUGCUUAUUGCAACUUAGCCCACUGCUUGCAGAUUGUCUGUGACUGGACAGAUUAUGAUGAAAGAAUGAAAAAGCUGGUCAGCAUUGUAGCUGAUCAACUGGAGAAGAAUAGACUGCCUUCUGUCCAUCCUCAUCACAGCAUGCUGUACCCCCUUUCUCACAGCUUUAGGAAGGCUAUUGCUGAGAGACAUGGAAAUCUGUGUUUGGAUAAGAUCAACGUCCUUCACAAGCCACCAUAUGAGCAUCCAAAGGACUUGAAGGCUAGCGAAGGCCGGCUUCGUGUUGGCUAUGUGAGCUCUGAUUUUGGAAAUCAUCCAACCUCCCACCUAAUGCAGUCAAUCCCAGGAAUGCAUAACCCUGACAAAUUUGAGGUGUUCUGUUAUGCCCUCAGCCCUGAUGAUGGGACAAACUUCCGUGUAAAGGUGAUGGCAGAAGCAAAUCAUUUCAUUGACCUCUCUCAGAUACCAUGUAAUGGAAAGGCAGCAGAUCGCAUUCACCAGGAUGGGAUACACAUCCUCAUUAACAUGAAUGGCUACACUAAGGGAGCCCGUAAUGAGCUGUUUGCUCUCAGACCAGCACCUAUCCAGGCUAUGUGGCUGGGAUACCCUGGAACCAGUGGGGCACUGUUCAUGGAUUAUAUCAUCACAGAUCAAGAAACUUCCCCAGUUGAUGUGGCAGAGCAAUAUUCUGAGAAACUGGCUUACAUGCCAAACACUUUCUUUAUUGGAGACCAUGCUAAUAUGUUUCCCCACCUGAAGAAAAAAGCAGUCAUUGAUUUCAAGUCCAAUGGCCAUAUUUAUGAUAACAGGAUUGUUCUGAAUGGCAUUGAUUUGAAGGCAUUCCUUGACAGCCUCCCUGAUGUCAAAAUUGUUAAGAUGAAGUGCCCUGAUAGUGGAGACAAUGCAGACAGCAAUGCUGCCCUCAGUAUGCCAGUCAUUCCUAUGAAUACAAUUGCAGAAGCCGUGAUUGAGAUGAUUAAUCGUGGACAAAUUCAGAUAACAAUCAAUGGAUUCAACAUUAGCAAUGGACUAGCAACCACACAGAUUAACAACAAGGCAGCAACUGGAGAAGAGGUUCCACGUACCAUCAUUGUUACCACCCGCUCUCAGUAUGGGUUACCAGAGGAUGCUGUUGUGUACUGUAACUUUAACCAGCUAUAUAAGAUUGACCCUUCCACUUUACAGAUGUGGGCUAACAUUCUGAAGCGAGUUCCAAACAGUGUAUUGUGGCUGUUGCGUUUCCCAGCUGUAGGAGAACCCAAUAUUCAACAAUAUGCACAGAACAUGGGCCUUCCCCAGAACCGAAUCAUCUUCUCUCCUGUUGCCCCCAAAGAGGAACAUGUGCGGAGGGGCCAGUUGGCUGAUGUUUGUCUAGAUACUCCACUUUGUAAUGGGCAUACUACUGGGAUGGAUGUACUCUGGGCUGGAACUCCCAUGGUUACUAUGCCAGGGGAAACUCUUGCAUCACGGGUUGCUGCCUCCCAGCUUACUUGCCUUGGUUGUCUUGAACUUAUUGCUAAGAGUAGACAAGAAUAUGAAGAUAUUGCUGUGAAACUGGGAACGGAUCUAGAAUACCUGAAGAAAAUUCGUAGUAAAGUCUGGAAGCAGAGAAUAUCAAGUCCUUUGUUCAACACCAAACAGUACACAAUGGAACUGGAGCGGCUUUACCUUCAGAUGUGGGAUCACUAUGCUGCUGGCAACAAACCAGACCAUAUGGUUAAGCCAAUAGAGAGCAAUGAAUCUGCAUGAAGGACUCUGCCCACACAACUCUCCCAGAAUUGAGCCUCUCAAACUCCUCUGCAAAGGAGAUGGGAGCUAAAGACAGUGCAUUUCUACUUAAUCUGCCUGGUACUCUGUGACUGAAGUGAUACAUGAUGGUCAUUUAAGAGCACAGACAGACAUACUUCGUGCAUAAUAGGGAGAGGCUGUAGAGAUUGGGAACUUUCUAUUCCAUAAGGAGUUUGAAAAAGAUUGAGUUGUGCACGUGCUGUAUGUUUGCAAGGCCUGGUGCUUGAUGGAGAAAGUGUGAACUGUCCAUCCAAUUGUGAUUUCAUGGAUUGAUUCAAUCUUCCUAUGAAUUUCUUGUAUGUGGAUUGGGAAUUGGAGCUUUUUAAUGUUUGAUUUCAGGUGUUCCUGUUGGUAUAUGUGCGAUUCUUCCAUGACAUGAUUUCCAACUAGUGAGUGUUGCUCCCUGCAUUAACUUCUUAACUGUGCAGAUUGAAAGGGCAUAUUUGCUGGUGUAGUCUUUUUACAGGUUUUAUAAACCACUUGAGCCUAUAUCAGCCUUUUAAUGUUUGACCUCUGUUUUGGAACUUUCUGUACUGUGUUGAUUUAGAUGAGAACUCAGUGCUUGGUUUAAAAAAAAAAAAAUUCUCCUGUAUCUCAGCUAAUUGGCUUCAUGAUGACAGCUCCUAUUCUGUUGAAAAACAAAAUUGGUUUAAAAUUAAUUCCCCUGAACUCUUUUGAAAUAAAACAAACUGGUGCCAAAUACAAAUUCUUCAGGAAUGAUUGUUAAUUAUGUACAGAGGCACAGUCCUAUGUACUGUAGCAAGGACUUUUUUAAAAUAAAGCUCUGGUUUGCCCAGUUUGACCCAUU